AUGGCGAAGCAGUCGUGCUGCCACAAGAAGAGGCUGAGGAGAGGGCUCUGGUCCCCGGAGGAGGACGAGAAGCUCAUGAACCACAUUGCCAUGUACGGCCACGGCUGCUGGAGCUCCGUUCCUAAGCUUGCAGGACUUGAGAGGUGUGGCAAGAGCUGCAGGCUGAGGUGGAUAAACUACCUGAGGCCAGACCUCAAGCGGGGCACAUUCUCGCAGGAGGAGGAGGACCUCAUCAUACACCUCCAUUCCAUGAUAGGGAACAAGUGGUCACAGAUUGCAGCCCAGCUGCCCGGCCGGACGGACAACGAAGUCAAGAACUUCUGGAACUCGUACAUCAAGAAGAAGCUGAGGGAGCGCGGCAUCGACCCCGCCACCCACAAGCCGCUGGCCGAGGCCACCACGUCGCCCACCGCGUGCCGACCAGUCUUCAGUGAUGCCGAGCUCAUUCCGAGGACGACGGCGCUGGCCCAGGACCAGCAGGUGGACAAAAUGCUGGAUAGCCUGAAGAUGCAGCUGGACUCGCCCGUCGGCGGUGUAGCCGGCAACGGGGUGCCCGAAUCCUACCAGGUGCCGAGCCUUCAGGAAGGCUGCGACUUCCACAUGGGCGCGCACUGCGGCACCUUCCCGUCUGCGUCGAGCUCCAGCACGUUGACCGCAACUGACGUUGGUGCCACCACCCUGCCGUGGCUGGAGCUCGGGCCGACCGACACCAUCUCCGGCCACGUCGACCAAUACGCCGGUGCUCUGGGCGAGCUCAGGUGGUCUGACUACUUUGACGGCGCCCUGCAGGGGCAGUGCGUCUACGACAGCGGCAUGAUCGACGACGACGCGGUGCAGUUCGACGACGUCCAUGGGUUAAGCAACUGGUGCUAA